GCAGCCGCUGGGUCCCACGACUGACUCUUCAAUGACGACCAAUCGGUGGCCAGGAUUGUAAAUGAGGGAAGAGAGGGGGGAAGGAAAAGUUUUCUUUCUUUUUUUCGGACAGAGGGAGGGGUGUUGUGGGGAAAUGCUCGGCGAACCGUGAAGGAUAACAGCGAGAAGGGGCACAAAGACGCACGUAGCGGGACUAAAUGCGACUGAGAGAAACCUCUUUAAGAAAAAAAAAAAAAAGUGAGGAGGAAAAACGCGUCGGAACGCGGGGAUGGAUGUUGCGCGUGGAAGAGCCGAAGAGCUGGGAAGAAGAGUCGACACUAACAAUGGCAAAGAAGAGGAGUUCAAGUCUACACAGUGAGUUGUGGACAACGACAGCGCGUUAGGCUCGCGUCGUCAUCGCGGUGUCGUCCUCGCUCCUCCUGUGCGCGCCGGUGCCAUGGAGCAGAAUCAGGCUGCGGUUCGCAGGAACACCAGCCACUUUUAAACGGACUGUUGCUGUGCUGUUUUCUUGCCUUUGCAGUCACGCGUGGUGAUUUCCCUGCAAACUCAGCCCCACUUGUGUUGAGUUCGUGGAUUGUUUUGAGAGUGCUUUCCCUUCACGGAUCUGGUUGCACAUUCCUCGUGCGGUGACUUAUGUGAACCCCACGGCGCGUGAGAUCGGGUGCGUGAAUUGUCCUCAUCCCCAAUGUGGUGGCGGAGAAAGUGCACGUCGCCGAACUACAACUCCAUCCAAGCAUGAAAUGUUGGUGCAGCGCCCUGGCGCUUCUCCCGUGGGUGCUGGUGGCCAUAGAUGCCCAGCUCAUCUGCUGGCAGGCGCUCCUGCGCUGCCACGACGAGCCCGAGUGUGAUCUCGCGUACAGUCAGUACUUGGCGGCUUGCGAGGGCAACAUCCGAGGAACCCGGAGACAGUGUCCGAGCCACUGCAUCAACGCACUCAUCAGACUCAACCACACGCGCAGCGGGCCAGAACUGGAGACCUGCGACUGCGCCCAGGACCUGGAGUGCCUCGGCGCCAAGCGAUCCAUAGAGCCGUGUCUCCCACGCAGAUACCCGAGUGACGCCGGCGGCAUAGGCUGCAUGGAGGCCCGGCAGCGGUGCGAGGAGGACAGCAGCUGCCACACCUCCCUCACAGCCUACUUGUCAUACUGCGGGCAGCUGUUCAACGGCAGAAAGUGCUCCUCCAAGUGUAAAGCCACCAUCCAGCAGAUGCUCUACAUCCCGAAUGGCGUGCUGCUGAACCGCUGCGUCUGCGACGGGGUCGAGAGGCCUUUCUGUGAAGUGGUCAAGGAGAACAUGAGCAAACUCUGCUCCAUAGGAGACCACAAUGUUAUUUCAGACCAGCCCGACGUGGACGACAUGUACGAGGAUGAGGAUUAUGACACUAAGAGCGACCGAGAGGAGGCACAGACAGACCAUUCCUCUGCGCAGAGAACAUCCAGCUGGAUCACUCUCCUGCUUCUUCCUCUGGCACGGAUUAUUUACUGAUUAGACGAUGGUGAUGGGUACUUGAAACACUUGUGUACUCCUGGAUUGCUCUGAAGGAUUUAGUGUUAAACAGACCCAGAGGUUGAGUCCAGAUCUCCUGGAUAAGGAGACUUUCACCCACAGGGCUGCAUGCAUGGACACAGAGAGCACAGUAUAGUGUUGUGUGUAGGCAGAGAAAACUGUAAUGUAAAUGUCCUUGAACCCAAGUGGCAAAAAAAAGGCGCCCAUUGUCAAAAACAAAAGUAAAUACUUGUAGGUGAUAAUUAGAGGAAAUGAACCAAACCCAGACUGUUGCUGUUUUGUUGUGCCUUUAAAUAGCUCUGGUUUGUUUGGUUUGCUUUCAAUGACACUUGGAGUGUGGCCUUAUUAAGACCUUAGACAAACAUUGGACCCUUUACAGUCUCUGUUUGCUCUGCUCUCAUUUCAGGGGCCACCUCAUUGUUGCAGCUAAGCACACUUCAAAUAUUUGUGGGAAAUACUGAGAGAGGACAGGCAAUGGUGUGGGAUCAAGUUCUUAAAUGAACUUAAAGCAGCGGCUGGCUGUGUAGCACUCCGUGUCUGGGUUCCUCCCCUGUUUGAGAUUGUUUUAUUGAACUUUUCCUGAGACCUCCCCCCGUCUCUAUUCUGUCUACUGCCUGCCCGCCACCCCCCCUCAUGCCUUUAAAGAUCACCAUCUUUACUGCUCCUCUAAUAACACUGAAGCGACAACAGAGGGGAAACCUCGGCUGUUCCUGUCGCUGCUGCUGUGAACAGGUCAACACAUCACACCUGAGGUUUGUUCACACGUGACGUCGUCCUUACUGCACGAUAAUCAGUGAACGUUGCUGUUUCACAUCGUGAGAGAGAGUUCAUAGAGCUUAAAGGCCGGUGAACUCGAGAACAACGGCAGCUAAUGGCCAAGAGGAAAGGAAUUGGGCUUGUAACGGGAGGGUCGCUGGUUCAAAUCUGGCGACUGGUCAAGGAAUGGGGUGCUCCUGACGUAACUUUGUGUGUCAUUGUUGUCUUCUUGUUUUUGGUACAUGUCUAUGGCAGUGUUAGAGUGCCACAUACAGCCAUGGCAUGUAUACUACAGCGUUCAGAGUUGUCUUUUGGGGGGUGAGGCUUUGUGUGUAUGAAGACAUGUCUUGAAACAAUGUUAUGUUCACUGAAAACCUUUUUAAGAACCAAAAAGAAGAGGAACGUUUAAGGCAAGGGUGUCAAACUCACUUUCGUUCCCAGUAACCUAACAACAACAAGGACUCCAAAACGUGUUCCCUUUGUUUUACAUGUAAUACAUGUACAAAGGCACACGACAUUUAGCCACAGGUACCUGAAACUGAAAAAUAUAGUAUUUCACAUUAUGAUUAGGGCCGGAUUGGGACCUCUGGUGGGCUGGUUCUGGGCCAUGUGCCGUAUUUUGACACCCCUGAUUUGAGGAAAGAAGGAUGCAGUGAAAACCAGGUGUGGGAGCCAGUGUAUGGAGCUGAGCUCUGUUUACAUGCAGUCAGUGUCACUAAGUGCUUUUAAAAAUAAGUUGCACUAAUACAGACGAAGGUGCAGGAUAAAUGAAAUGUGAUUUAACUGAAGACUUUUAUUGUGUGAUAUUUUUUUUUCUUUUAUUUGUCAAAAACAUUAUCGUGAGGAAAUGCUCACGUUAAUGUGUGUGAACAGGUUUAAUGUUGUCUGUGUAAAAGGUCCGCGACAGUAGUCCAGGGAUUCAAACCAGCAGCUUUUCACUCUCCUGUCUCCUUCACUUACAUUACGUUAAACUGUUCCGCAAAAAAGGGAACGUCAACAAAACAAAACUACCCAAUUGAAAUGUUGUCAGAAUGAAUAUUCUCGUUUUAGAAUGAAGUCUUGAACAUGUGAUGAUAAAUCUUAAAUUAUGAAGCCAGAAUAUGAAGAAUGUGUACAUAUUUUACAAGUUGUAUGUAGUAAAAUAAAACGGUAAACACAAAAAUGAAUGAAACAUAGCUCAGAUUUCAUGAUACAUGAUUCACAGUAGCUUUUCAGGUGUUUUUUGUUGCAAUAACCAUCUCAGAGCAGUGCCUUUCAUGUGUGAGGGUGAGUUUUAUAAUAAAAUAAUGUUUAUUAAGUUGUGAAAAUGUUUGUGACACCAGCACAGAGACACCAUGACAGUAAUAAAUGUGAUUUAUUCAACAAUA